AUGCUCACCUCAAAUUUCACUCAGCGCGAGGGGUUGGUUGUUGAAAACAUCAAAGUCACCAAGUCCCUUCACCAAGUGCGUUCGACACGACCAAGCAUUCUGUGGUGGCUGAUGGCCGUCCCCGCGUUCAUCAUAUCAGUAUACGGCGCCGCAUUUUUCACCGGCCUCACGCCGGGCGACCCCCAAAUCAAGGCCAGGAUCAUCUCAUCUUUUGGCGGCGUAGUCCACAUAGGGGGUUCUCUCGUCGCGAUGGGUCUCGGUCCCUUCCAAUUCCUUCCCCCCCUUCGGCAGCAGUACCCCGCGGUCCACCGAUGGACGGGUUGGGUUUACGUCCUCGCCGUGAUAGUUGGAGGCGUUGCCGCCUUCUAUGUCACGCUCAACAGCGAAGCAUUGCCGUGGGGGAAAGUUGGGUUUGCGCUGCUUGCCCUCGGGUGGCUCGAGACUGCCCGGCAAAGCAUUGUGGCCAUCUGGCGGGACGGGGACAUCAAGGGCCAUCAAGCGUGGAUGACGAGAAACUUUUCUCUGACCUAUGCCGCCGUGAUGCUGCGCUGGCAGCUGCCGUUGAUGAUCGCCAUGGGCAUGGAAGUAAAGUUCGCGCUCUCCAUUACUGGAUACGCUUCAUGGAUACCGAACUUGUUGUAUGUCGACUAUUUUGUGUUGAAUUGGGGCCGCAAAUAG